AAACGAAGAAACACUUUUCAUUUCGCGCCUGUCUUUGCUUGACUUUGCUUUUGUCUUUGCUUGGCUUUGCUUUUUGGCCUGGCUCUUGUUUUUUUUCGCCGACCAAGUCAAGUGUUUGGGCCAAGUCUUUGGGCCGCUUUUAUUCGUUCAACGGGCGCUCGAGCGAACGGUUGUUGCUUUGUUGUCUUUUUCCCACUUUUUGGCUUUGUAUCUUUGCAUCCGACGGAUACGCGAUUCGAUUCGAGCCGUGCCGCGAUUUUCUGUGUGUGUGCGUGUGAAGAAAGAGCUAUAUUUAUAUAUAUAUAGAUAGAUAUAUAUAUAUAUAUUUCGAUAUAUAAAAAAGAAAUAUAUAUUUUGUUUGCAAUCCGCCAUCGUAAUAGCAAUAGUUUUUCCAGUGUUUAUUACAUAAAAUAUCAAAGCAAAAAUAUUUAUAAAGCGUUUGCCCAGCGAGAAAAUCUUAUGCAAAUGCGUUUUCAAAAAUAAUUAAGCGCCAGCCUCGAAGAUUUGGCAAGAAAGUCGUUUGCAGUGCCUCAGUGACUUGGGAUUUCUUUGGAUUUAAUUUGGAUUUCUUUGGAUAUACUUACUACUUACCCCCCCGUUGGAAGUGCAACCUCUAAAUCAAGCCAUGUGCCGGCCAUAAACCGAAGACACGCUUCCUAAUUGAAAAUAGAGCCAGCUAAAUGGACGCGUAGCAAAAGGCCAACAGAGCGAGCGAGAGGGCGAGUGUGUGCGACAGAGAGAGCGAGUGAGACGAUCGUGAUUUGGAUUUUCAGCGUGAUAUCAAAACGGAGCGGACAGCAGCUGAAGCGGACAAGAAAAACAAAAUUCACGCCAAAAUGUCCAACGCCACAAAAAUGGUUUACAGUUAUAGAAUUUUAUGGCUUUCCGGCGUUUUACUAGGUCCCAUUUUGCUGGCCGCCAUCGCGGUUCAAGGUCAAGAGCCAGCCAGUCCAGUAUUUCAAAAUCACAAGACGAAGGAAUGGACGAAUUUAGAUAACAUAACGUUCUCAUUCGAUUGCAAGAGGCGUUCGGUGGGCUUUUAUGCCGACAUGGAGUACAAUUGCCAGAUCUUUCACAUGUGCGAUGAGGAGGGCAAUCGAAUUCCCCAUCUGUGCGCCAAUGAGACGAGCUUUAACCAGGAGUACAGAAUCUGUGAUUGGGACUACAACUUCAACUGCACAGAGUCACCUAAAUGGUUCUACCUGAACGAACUGACCUAUGCCACAGAUCCGCCAGAUGAAGACGAUGAGGAUUACUAAACGAUUUGCAAUUAAUUAAAUAUUUAUUGUCUCUCCAAAACGCAAAACAAACUAAUUAAAUUAAACACCAUAUGAGAAAAAAAGCGCCGAGUAAUUGUAACUGAAAAAGCAAGAAAGAAAAAAGUGUGAAAAUCAUGUGUAAAAUUCCAUGCAAAUGAGAUAAACUAAUUUAAGCGCCUUGUUGACGAUUUUGUUGAGUUUCGUUUUGUAUGUUGUACUUUUGUAUUGUAGUCUAAUUGAUCGAGUCGCGAGUGCAAGAUGAGGAGUCGUGUUGUAUGUGUAUAUAAUGUAUAUAGAGAUGGUCCCCAGUUCCAUUUCCAUUCCAAUUUCAAAACCAUUCCAUAAAUUUCCAUUCGAAAUUCACGGAAAAGCCUCGAAUGGGUCCGCCACAUUAUUGUAUAAUUUACAAAUAAUCUUCGUAUUUGUAAGCAAUCUUAAACCGAAAUAAAAACAAAAUCAAAUUGCUACUCUAA